GUGAACUUUCCUGAAUGGUCUGUAGUUUACGCGCGUUCCCUGAAUGCAUCACUAAACCGAAAAAUCAGGAAGCAGCGAGGAGCAGACAUGGAGACGAAUAUUCGGUCCAACGGAGGGGAAUAAAUCCAACCUUAUUCCGGAGUAGAUGACUUGAUUUAGAUUAAAAUGUUCGUGAUCGCAGUUUUGCUCCUUGUGGGGACAGGACUGACAGUAAACAGCGAGACUCACUCCCUCACCUACAUCUACACGGCGCUCUCCAAACCUGUCGGCCUCCCGGGCAUCCGCGAGUUCACAGCCAUGGGUUUGCUGGACGGCAGGAUGAUCGACUACUUUGACAGCGAGCAUCAGGUGAAAGUUCCCAGACAGGAGUGGAUGAGAGAGCGUUUACCUGCUGAUUACUGGGAAAGAGGCACACAGUCCCGCAAGAGGAAGCAGCAGAGGUUCAAGGUCAACAUCGGCAUCCUGAUGGAGCGAAUGAGACAGAGUGACUCAGACCUCCACGUUCUUCAGUGGAUGCACGGCUGUGAGGGUCAGACGCAGCCCGACGGCACGCUCAGGUUUGUCCCAGGCAUGAAAAUGUACGCCUAUGAUGGAGACGACUUCCUGUCCUUCGAUGAUAAACAUGGAGUCUGGGUCGCUGCGACUCCGGAGGCAGAACCCACCAAGAAGAAGUGGGACGGCAUCCAGGUGCUGAGAGAGUACACCAAGGGAUACCUGGAGAACGAGUGCAUCAUUUGGCUGAGCAAGUUCUUGAAUUAUGAACAACAGCAGCUUAAAACAGCCCGUAUGUAUGAGAUUUAAAUUCAUUAUUAGAAU